GCGAAAACGGACUUAUUUUACCUCUGAAUACAGAUGGAUCGCAGUGAAAGGGAUCAUUUCGUCCCUCACAGUAUGCAUAUUCCAUACACACCAGAUGGAUUAGGUACCUAUUCAGCUGAAGCUCUUUGCUUUUACAAGACAAACGCAAAGGCAAUUCCUUUGGUACUGGAAGCGAUCAAAUCCAGUCUUGUUAAACCUGGCUCUGUAUUCACCAUAGUGGAUUUUGGUGCAGCUGACGGAGGGACAUCAAUGCUGUUGAUGUAUGAAUCAGUGAAGGCAAUACGAGAAAAGUAUGGAGAAGAAAUGCCAAUCACUAUCAUCUAUGAAGACCAGCCUGUCAAUGAUUAUAAAUCGGUCUUCAUGAGAAUGCAAGGUUUCAUCCCAGGGCCGCGUUCAUAUCUCAUGGAUUUCCAAAAUGUAUUUGUCAUGGCUUGUGGUACGAACUUCUACAGUCAAUGUCUCCCAAGGAACUCCGUCCAUUUUGGAUUUUCAGCGACCUCCGUUCAUUGGCUGAGAGAGAAACCAUGUGACAUCACGGGAGCGCUGCAUCACUCCAUGAUGACAGACCCAAGAGAAAAAGAAAUGUUUUCAAAGCAAGGCGAGAAAGAUUGGGAGCUUUUCUUGAUGAAUAGAGCUGAAGAAUUAGCACCAGGGGGGUACAUGUUACUYGUACAAGACGUAUUCGACGAAGAUGGGAAACUCUUCGGUCAUUCUAACAUGAGUAAGAUAUCAGCGUACAACGUCCAUAAGAACAUAUGCAGUUUGUGGAAAGAAUUUGUUCAAGAGGGAAAGAUUACACAGGACGAGUUUAACCACACGACAUUCGUUUCCUACAAUCGAAAAUUGGAAGAAUUCAAGAAACCUUUUAACGAUCCGAAUUCUCCUGUGAGGCGGAAGGGUUUGGAAUGGGUUUCCUUUGAAAAACAUGUCAUYCCAUGUGAACACAAGGAGAGAUGGAUGAGAGACAAGGGAGACCCCAAAGAACAUGCCAAACGCUAUGUCGCCAGCAUACGCAUCUGGACUAAUGCAACAUUCAUAGAAGGUCUAUCAAAUUCUCGGUCUGCCGAGGAGAAAUCCAACAUCGUAGACGAUCUUUACCACCGCUAUGAAUCAUUGGUAGCCAAACACCCUGAGGAUCACGAAUUUUACUUUUUGCAAGCCUACAUUGUUCUAAGAAAACACAUAUAAACUACAAAUCCUUUAUGAAAACCUA